AUGAGUAACAGCAUCUUCCGCAUGUUCAAUCCUGGGGAGCCAAAGGAAAACCCAGUGGAGAAGAGGCGGGCCCAGCUGCGGCGGGCCCAACAUGACCCGACCCCCAGAUCCUACCGUAGCCGCAAGGACAAGUACACAAGAACACUCGAGGAGGAACUUGCCAACUCCCGGUCGAAAGAGGUGGAACUGAUGCGCGAGUGCGAACAACUGCGGGAAAAUCUCCAAAAUGCCCUUCAUCAACUAUCUCAACUGGGCGUCAAUGUCCCUGCCGAGAUCAAAUCUAAGGCCAGCGGGAAUGCCCCCAACGAAUACACAAGCCCAUCCACAGCGACGGGAUUGUCAACGAGUGUCUCUCCGAUUUAUCUGGGAGAUUGUGGCAGCCAAGCGGUGGAUAUCAUUCCGUCUCCGCAACUUAUCUCCCCGGAGUCAUUCGGCGACUUCUACAGCCCAACUGAAGGCCAACAGGGCCCAAUCCUGUUUAAUAUUGGAGGAGGACUUGCAAAUAACUCUCGCGUGAGUGACGUGGACCAGAUCAUCGUGGGCAUGGAGUUUGUACUAAAGAUCGAGGAACCCUGUCUGGGCCAUCUCCAUGGCGACGCCAAGAAGCCCCACGAACCUGGAAACCAUGCUCUGACGGCCUCUGCCCAGCUCAUGGCAGCCUGUGACUACCCAUCGCCUACGAAUAGAUGCACUCCGCUCUUGUCUCCGAAUUUUGGAAAUACACCGACGACCAUGCUAGAACGGCUGUUGACCCUCGCGCCAGACCUGUCUGAUGAGGGUGAGAUGACACCAAUUCAGGCAUGGAACAACAUCCGGUGUCGGCCAAACUUUGGCGGACUUAAUGCGCGAAGCUUGGGGAUACUUGCUGAAAGGCUGAAGAAGGCUGUCAAAUGUCAUGGGUUUGGUGCUGUUGUGAAGCAGUCUGUCUUCGAGGGCUUGGUAUACGAGACACUCAUCGUCGGGCGGACCUUUUGA